AAAAAAAACUAUAACUAUAACCUAAAAUAAAACUAACUAUACGUGACUAGAGACGUAACUUCUGCCUAAUUUAUAAUUAAAUGUAGCUAAACAAUUUCUAACAAGAAAAAAGAAAAGAAUUGAGAGUCGUGAAAGUCAAAACUCAGAACUUCUGUCACUCAAAACUGAGUGAGAUCAAAGGGAGUCGGAAUUCGCUCAAAAAAUGCGGAACCGCAAUCCAAUCUUAAUCGUAUUCCUUAGUCUGUGUGUCAUACUCAUCUUUGUUGGCGCCUCCUCUGAUGAACCCGAGCUGGGGUCGGCUCGUGUUGUUUUUCAGACAGAAUACGGUGAUAUAGAAUUUGGAUUCUACCCGAGUGUUGCUCCCAUAACGGUGGAGCACAUUUUCAAGCUUGUUCGUCUCGGAGGUUAUAACACAAACCACUUCUUUAGGGUGGAUAAGGGUUUCGUUGCCCAAGUGGCCGAUGUGGCUAAUGGGCGAUCCGCUCCUAUGAAUGAAGAGCAAAGAAUAGUUGCAGAGAAGACCAUCAUUGGUGAAUUUAGCCAAGUUAAGCAUGUCAGAGGUAUUCUUUCAAUGGGCAGACAUGCUGAUCCUAAUAGUGGUGGAUCUUCAUUUUCAAUACUUCUAGGAGAUGCUCCUCAUCUUGAUGGCGAGUAUGCAAUAUUUGGCAAAGUUACUAAAGGUGACGAAACACUGAAAAAGCUUGAGCAACUCCCUACUCGUCGUGAAGGGAUCUUUGUGAUGCCAACAGAGCGGAUUACAAUUCUGUCGUCAUACUAUUAUGAUAAGCAGAUGGAAAGUUGUGAACUGGAUAAAUCAAUUUUGAAGAGGAGGUUAGCUGCAUCUACUGUUGAAAUUGAGAGACAGAGAAUGAAAUGCUUUCCGUGACAAACAAUAAGAAGAACCCAAUCAUCGGUGAGAGAACCUUCUCUGGGUUGCUGAUUUGCCUAUUUAUUCAUUCAUGUAGUUUACAUUCUAUGACUUGGCAUUAUUAACCUGGGGUUCUUCUAAGCUGAGAAGAUAUUGAUAGUUACAUAAAAUGGAACAGAAAACCUAUUUUUUUUCUUCAAAAUAAUGCAGCCAAUAGAAUAGUGGUUCACUCUU